AUGACCGAUUACGUUGGCAUCGGAGGCUCGGACCUCUUCUCUUUCGAUAACCAAGCAGCACUAGACAGCAAGAUCUUGUACGAUGACAAGUCUAGGUCUAAGAUUGAGUAUGAUGAGUACGUGGUAUAUGGCCGACCUUAUGACGCGUUCCUCGGACCUUCCAGUCAGCAUGAGUACGGUACCGCGCAUAAAAUCAGUCAUGGUGACGAAGAAGGUGCCGAUAUGCUAGCUCAGGCGUUUCGUGAGAACAAGGUUGUCGAUUAUAAUGGCCGCUUUGGUCACCCCGCCGCCGAUGACUUGUCCCACGACCCGGAUCUUAUCGAAGGGCGGGUUCGCCGUGUUAUCUGUUUCCGCACUUUCAAGCCCCGAGAGGGUGCUCAAGACGGCUUGUCGCUUAACCUUGCCGACUUUAACGUCCUGCAGCUUCACCCCGCCACGCUUCAGUACUCUCGCCGCACCACUACGGAAUCUCGCUUCUGGUCAAAGGACCGCUCGCUUCUCAGCGUCGUACUGUCCUUUUCUUCAAACGCCAAGACCCCUUAUGAUUUCCUCUCCAUGACGUACAAUGUCAACACGCGGUGCUCUACUAUCCUCGUUCGUCAGUCCUAUCACCCGAGGCGGUCCCCGGCAGAGAGCCUGGACGAGUACGACCGCCGGAUGGAGGCUUGCAAGGCCCACUGGGCCCACCCGUUUGUCACCCCCGUGGUUCUCCUCCAGGUGCAUUUCUUGCGCACCGAAGAGGCCGUCGGGUUGAACAACCAAAACGUCACCGAUCUGGAAACGAAGGUGUCCAAUAUUGCGGGAUUCGAGGCAACGGCCGCCACCGAGAAAAACACGUCGAGGAAGCGCCGUUGGGGCAAGUCGUCCAAGAACCAGGCUUCUCACCAAGCCGAUGAGGAUGAGGAUGACGACGACAACCAGCAAAACAUGGGUGUCAUGAGUAUGACUAACCUCAUGAAAAGCGCGCACGGCGUACUGAAGGAAUGCAUCGAGCUCCUCGACGCCAUCCGAUGGACGGAGCGCGCUGUCAAAGUUUUGAUUAUGGCCGGGGAUGAGCUGGAGGAGCGCCAGUCCUCGAGCCAUACCUUCCGACCAGGUUCUCUUGCACCGCGGAGCGCUCAUCCAAACGAGGAUCAGGAUCAGCCGCCUCGGUCGCCCAACUUUGCCGAAGACAUGAGAGCAGAUGCCGUUCCGAGCCUCUUCCUCCCAAAUAUAACCUUUCCACAGGGUCCCCUGGGCGUCCACUGGCACGAGAUCCGGCAAUAUCUCGAGGGAUUAUUAAGAAUCUGCAUGAGCUUGGAGACGGAGAGGCGCAUGUCCGAGGCGAGAUGCCGCGCUCAAAUUGACAUUAUUUACAGUAAAAUGGCCCAGGAAGACAACGUGCUCAACGCGCGCAUGGCCGUCGCCUCCUCGCGCGACAGCUCUUCCAUGAAGGCGCUUGCCGUCAUUACGGCCAUUUUCCUCCCAGGCGAAUUCCUUGGCACUCUUUUCGGCAUGUCCAUGUUCGAUUGGAUGCCGGAAAGCGACGACGAGGGCGCACCCACGGCCCCGUCGCGGGGAAGCGACGAGAUUAUCAGCCGGAGGUUCUACAUCUACUGGAUCGUAGCUAUCCCGCUCACUCUCUUCAUCCUGGCCGCCUGGCGAGGCUGGUGGGUCACCGAGGAUCGAUUCUUCCGCAGGCACCUCUCAAAGGAGUUGAGCGAGGAGAGGUACUGGACCGUGGAUGGGAAACCUCGCGUGCUGGAAAAGUCCUUUGCUUACGACUUCAUGCGGCUCUCGGCCCGUUUUGAUGAAAAGAUUCCGAAAAACACGGCAAGGGCGGAAACCGCGGCGAGAGGCCCAAGUUAA